UUUUUACUUACAAUUCUAAUCCGAUACGAAACUUUAGCUACGGGAAUUUAAAGGGAAACGAAAUAUACAUUAGAUAAAAUUUUCAUACGGGAUUUACAUCGAAUUAAAUGAGUUUCUUUAAUGUAUUUAAUUGAUAUUAAAUGAAUGAUUGUGUAUAUAUACAAAUUUAUAGUAUAAUAAAUAAAAAUUUAAGUGAUUAUAACCAGAAAAGUAUGCAACAAAUUUUUGGAAUGUCGCCAUUGAAAUUGCAAAAAUAAAAUAAACGAUAUUCGUAUACAUACAAAUUUAUGUGCGUGCGCGUGUGAAUGUGUUUGCAUUUGUGGAGUGACAUUUUAUUUAAAUGAGUCUAAGAAGGCAAAUUCCUUAGCGUAUUUGUACUGUGACUUCAAAGUUGUGAUAAAAUUCCUUUAUCUAAAAAAAGAAAUAUCGCAAAAAAGUAUAAAAUAAAUAAAAUUCGUAACAAUAUAUUAAUGCUCUCCUGCUGGCUAAAUUUUGACUUAUUCUAAAAUAACAUCUUGAAAGGAUAUUGAAUAAAAACAACGAAAUGCCAUCACAACAAGUUCAAACUCUUAGAAAAAAUCAAAAACAGCAAAUGCCUCAAUACGGCAGCUCAACAAAUAUAAAUAAUAAAUUAAGUGAGGUCAACUUCCAAAAUUUAAUGUUUGGCAGUCUUCAGUGUGUGCAGCAACAACAACUGCAACAACAGCAAAAGCAGGGUCAGCAACAUGAAAUGUUUUCACUCAACAACUCUCACACGAGCUUAAUUAAUAGUAGCAUUUAUCCAAGUAUGACAAGCAAUUUAAAUGGUGGUGGUACAAUAGGGGGUUUGCCAACAACAGGUAGUACCGCUGGUACUAUUUAUGGUAGUGAACAGCAAUUAUGUCAGCAAUAUAGUUCACAGCAACAAAGUGACUAUAUAAUAUCAGACUAUAUGGAGAAAAUUGGUACACGAAUCAGUAUGCUAGAGACAGAGUUGAAAUUCGCUUGGGGUGCCUUAGAUUUAUUAUCAACAGAAUAUAGUAAAAUCUGGUCUCGUCUGGAGAAAUUAGAAAAUAUUAUGGUGGAACAGCAGUCAGUAGUAAACAAUCUAAUGGGUUUAAUAAAUAUUAAGAGACGAGAACAACAACAGCUGGAAAUAGACAAUGAACAUGAAUUGCUUAUAAAUGACAUUUUCCUCUCAGCAGAGCUGCAAUCCCAAAAUCAGGUAAAUGCGGCUCUUAACGAAGGCAUCGACUUGUGCAUAAAAGGGAAAUUUGAAAACCUUUAUGAGGAGUUGAACAAGCAGGAUACUACAAAUAUAAGGAUAGAGAGCGAAUUAGAUACCUUGGGUGAGUUGUUUAAAGAACAACAACGUCAGCAGCAGUGCUCAGUGGAAGACUUGCAAUAUGCUUCGAUGGAAAAGUCCAAAAGUCCCUGCUUGAUGUUUUGCCUGGAUGAGGGUCAACUUAAUAGUAAACGAUAUGGAUCUAGAGGAUCUAUGAGCGCAUCAAUGACCCCACCACUAAUUAGUAAAUCCGGUUCCAGUACUCAGCAUAAAAUUUUAACGAAUUUUGAUGGAAUGUUUAGUGAACAGACUGAGCAGGAUAAAAUUUUGUUUGAUUCACAGCUUACAACGAACAAUCGGACUAAGACUGCAUCGAGAGCACCACAGACUUUUAAUAUUUUAAGUGGUGAAAGCAAUAACUUUUCUCUUCUGACUGGAAGUACUAAUAGUGAACUGGAUUCUCUAACAGGACAUACUAAGUUUUUUCGGGAAACAGCCUCUAAAACGGGGCCAGAUGUGAUACAUAUAAAGCCAGACGAUACGGGAGGAGGGAGAGAUAUAAAAUCGGAAAUGAAUGAGGAUUUCUAUAAAACUUUAAAUGAAGUGUAUCGCGAAAACAAUCUGGCUGCCGAAUUUAAUCACAACCUUGACAAAUUACUACACCAAUCUGAACAACAGAAUGAGCAAAUUAUGGCCAUGGCCAUGUCGAAUACAUCGACCCGCACCAAUUCUGCCCUCGAUAUGAUACAAGAGGACAACGAGGAUGAAGUUAACAAUGAAAAGCAGAACAAAAUUCCUAAAAAUCUUGAUGAAAAUAAACGCGAAAUUUUUACAAGUACAAUUGAAACUACAAAAACAGCCCCAUCAACAACGACGGCAUCAUCUUCAUCGUCGACAUUACUAAAACGUUCUAAAGAUUCCAAAAAGCAUAAAAAGAAGAAACAUCAGCACAAAGACGAAAUGGAAAUGAUAAACAACUUGAAAAGCGCUUUAGCUCAAAAAAAUAUUAAUAGCGAACUGGCUCACUUAACGGCCGUUAACAAUGGCAGCCAAAGUCACUUUAUUAAAAGUAACAUGGAAAGCCAUCGUUCUACCACUACAUCUUCUUCUUCUGAAGAAAAUUUUGGCUGUUUUUAUGAUAACAUGGAUAAGUUAGAUAGUAUAACGAAAAUACUACUAUUAGAAAUAAAUAAAAUUGGAGAUUUUCCUCCACCAUCUAGGGAAGAAGUUAAUGAGUUAAGACAGCUAGUUAAGUCAGAAAAACUUUUUUUAGAAAAACUGAAUCAAGUUAAUCAAAAUCUGAUAUUAUUGCUGCUAAACCCACUUACAAUGGCGGAGGAGCUAAAAACUACUGAAAGUAAAGAAUGGUUUAAAAUGGUUAUGCGUAAGCUGGAAAAGAAUGUUGAUACGCUCAAGAAACUAGUAGGAAAUUCUUUCGACAUCUAUAAGACACAAAUAGAAGGAACAAGUUCUCUGUGUCGUCUGUCAACUCAGCCUCAUGAUCCAAUAAGUAAUGCAGGUGUUUCGACUAGUCCAGCAGGUGUGAUCAAUGACAAAUGUCUACAGCCUGAACUCACCGAGUAUAGUGUUCAGUUAAUACGUCACAAUUCAAAUCUGGAUGAACAACUUAAGCUGUUGGAUAACCAGGAGCAGGAAAUGCACAAAAAGAAGCAAAUUCAACAAGAGCGACAGGAUUGUGCCAACUAUUUGGGUUUAAGUAACUACGUUGACGUGGAUGCUUCCUACGAAAACUUGUUUUUGCAACAAAUUACUGAUACGAAUUUAAACACGUUCCCAAGCUCAUCAUUAAGUGAUACAUCCAUGACAUCCUUGUCGUCCAACAAUAUUUAUAGUAAUGACGCAUACAUUAAAUCAUUAAAACGUAGUCUGGAGCGUCAUAAUAGUAUGUUGUUUCUGUUGCAUUUACAAAAUCCUGAUUACAAAGACAAAAUGCAAGAAUUGGCAGGCCUUGUAGAGGACGAAGAUGAUCUUAUAUUAAGCGAAAGUGGAAAUAAUAGCCCGCCGCCACCAGCACCAGAUAUAGAUUUUAUGAGACUUAACUGUAUGGACCAGCGACCCAAUGAUGUCAUGUUAUUUUUGGAACAGAAAGAUACCAACAAUUCUAUGAACCCAUUCCUCAUACUAGAAUCAUCUAAGAAUCUAAGCCGAGAACCAGGAUUGCCAUGUUCGCCAAAACAAACUAAAUCAGACUCAGGACUUUCCUCAAUGAGUGGACUUUCUACAUGGGAUAAAUCGCCUAAUUCUCCUGUAUCUUUAGCUUUUAACCAUGGCGAUAAUAAUCCAUUUUUGACCAAAUAUCAAGAUCUCAACAUGGAAAUGCUACAACUUUUAUCAAUGACACCACAACAAAGACUGUCAUCGGACGUUGAAUUAAACGAUUUUGGAAUAGAGCAAGGUAGAGAACAGAAGGACUAUGUAUUUUCAGAAGAAAAUCUUAAUUAUAUUAGAGAACUUUCGAAAAACUUACCAAUUUGUUCUGCCUUUGAAAAUAAGUCGAUGUUUUCAAUAUUUCAACACAACAUUCUCGAUCAGCAAAAUCCCUCCCACACAGUUGAUGAGAUGCUGGCAUGGGAUCAACAGCAACAGCUUCAACAGCAACUAGAAAAACGCCGUAUGCCUGAUUUAUUAAAAACUCAAAUCAAUGGGCCAACAACAUCUCAAGCAACAGAAAACUAUCAACACACGAGUAAAACCUCGAACAGGAGCAAUGUCCAACUGACAGAUCGUUUAGUUUAUUAUCCCACAUCAAGCAGUCUGAUCGAUUACAACACAAGACGUAAAAUUGAUCAUAAUUUGUUACACCGUACAGGUGGCAAGAUUGCAAAAUUUCAUGACGAUGUUUGUAAACCUUCUGUUUCAAAAGUCUCAUUACCAAUCACAGAUACCUCUCUAUCGGAGCCAUAUAGCAAUUCUCAUCACAGGGAGCAUGGUAAACAUCAGCCCAAAGUUUGGCAGAAGCUAGGAAAUCUAUUAAAUGAUAACUUCAAGUUAAAACGUCCAACACGCUAUAAUCGCUCUCAAUCAUUACCGAUUGGUGAUAUAGAAACACAGCGAUCCAAAAUUCAUAUGCGUGGCCAGGCCGGUUCGUAUCCGUCUGUUGUCACUAGUUCAAGGAAAAACUCUGCCGCCAUUCAAAACCAAAGUUCUGCUAGCCGCCAGAAGUCACAACAGCAUUUAAAUGCAUCCAUUUCUAUGGGAGCAAAGCAUAAAAAACGUACAUCUUUUAGCACAACUAUGAAUAAUUUUAUGCAAAAAGCCAAGACAUACAGGCGGUACAGCUUUGGCUUGCGUCACGGAUCUAGCCUGUCGGAUCCUGAAGCCGAUUUAGCUAGUUUUACAUCAUCGGAUAAUGAUGAGUCCAUAACAAGCGAUUAUGGAGGUGUUGCAUUAAAAGACUACGACCCGAACGAUAAGGAAAGCUUCUUAAAAAUAAAAAAUAUUGGGCUACACAAUGAAAUGCAAAGGCUUGAAUUAGAGUUAAUUAAAGAUUCUUAUAAAAUUAUUGCAAGUCCGAAAGACGUAGAGAAAGGUAUUCAUGAGAAAAUAACUCAGAAUUUUAAUGAAUUACCAAACAUUAACAAAACAUCCAGUAAUCAUGCAACAGAACUCGAAGUGGAUAAAGAAUUUGAGGAAAAAAGCAAUAACCGAAAUAUGAGUAGUAUGUUUCCUAUUAUUGGUGAUAGAGCUUUCAAAGCUAAAAUUUCUAAUUCCUCAUUAUCGAUCAAUAUAGAGUCCCCAAGCAAACAAAAUACACCAGAAUUUACAAACGAACCAAGACUUAAUGGAAAUGUAUCCGUUGAAACCACGGAUAUUAUUGAGAAUCAACUGCAAAGCAAUAAAAACAACCAAAGACAUCUAAAAAAGACGGAUUCACUUUGCAUCAACGAUGAAAGACAACAGCAACUAUUUUCUAUUUCUCCCAAUACUGUUUUAACUACAACACCUAAUAUUAUGACAACCAAUGCUGAUCUAACAUCGUUAAAAACCUCAAUCGGAAAUGGCCGAUCUGUUCAAAUUUCUACACAACAAUCCUUGGAAAUUCCCAGUUUAACAACAAGUUCCAAAGAAGAUGAAGAUAAUAGAAGUCAAUAUUCAUAUCGCACAUUCUCCUCAUCAAGACGCCAAAGCACCGAAGAUAGUAUUGACACUGAUGACGAAUAUUUCUGUUAUGAACUGCGGCAACUAGACGAAUUAGAAAAACAGCAAAAACAACAGCAAUUGCAAUACCAACAGCAACGACCGGAAGAAGUUGAGGAAAACCAGCAUCUUUUUAACCAAAUCGACCAGUUGACAGCACUCAACCAUAAAGAUGAUAUAAUUGAGUAUGUGCCAGAUGAGAAAAUUCGAGCCCAAAUGUCAGAAGUUUUGCAAGAGCUAAAAAACAAGGUUAAACUUCAACCUGAAAUGCAGCAAUACCGACGAACAUCUAAAUCACGCCCAGUAAAUGAGAAAUAUACAAAAGUUACCGAUAUGCAUAAGGCUUGGCAGGAUAUAAAUGGAGAAGAAAACUAUCAUGUUGCUUACACUGGAGUCGUCGAACAAGAACACGAACAUAAUGAUCAACAGUGUACUUACGUUGACAAUGAGGUUGAACGAUUAGAUCAAGAAAAACGAUUACAAUAUCGUUUACAAAAUCAAGAGCAAGAAAAGCCUGCACCUCAAAAACGUUACAAAAAGAGACGAAACAUGCGCCGUUCUAAUUUAGCAAUGGAUACAAGCUCUAAUGACCUGGAGAAUCCAGAAAUUCAGACAUAUUCCACUAGUUCGUCGUUGUCAUCUGAAGACGAAGCUAAACGUCAACAUUUCAAAGAUUGCAAAACUCUAAAACCAUCGAGUCAAAACCGUCGUAACAGUAAUGAACGCCAAAAAGCUUUAAAUCCUUUGCUAAUAACAAAACAGCAAGGGAUUUAUCCACCUGACAGCUCAUCCACUGAUAAAGAAGAAAAGGCAAUUGAAAUGGAGCAAGUGGAUACGGAAGGCGAAGAUGGAAAACAAAAUGAGGACUUUAGUUUGUCUUCAGGUGCAACAUCAGGCCCUGACAGUCCUGCAGAGUUAAGUGGUCUGGAAAAUGACAUACAAAUGAAUGAUAAUGAUGCCGAUAUUUCAAUUUUUAAGACUGUACCCAACUACCAACUUUUUAAAAAAAAUCAGCAAUUAAUGUCUAAACAUAUAAAAUCUAAAUCACCACCCACCACAACACCAUCCACUGAGAUCAGCAAUAACCAGAACUUAUACAAUCAGGACGAACGGUAUGAUGGUCAUGAUGUCCUUGACGACCUUGACAAUAUUAUGUAUUCCACAAAGGAUGAUAAUGUACCAAAUGAUUUAGGAACCUUAGCUAACACAAAAAAACAAUCCGAACCGGAUGUAAUAAUAGAGUCGUCACAAACAUAUGAACAUGAAAAACAACAGGACUUUGACAACCGCUCAAGUAUACCAACCACUCCCACACAACAAUCGCCAGAUAAAAAGUCGUUUCCAAAACUAAUAAGUCAAGAUUCUAGUGUUGACAUUUCACAAACGAAUGGAUCGAUACUUGGCAGCAGUAAGUGGAAAUUAUUGAAAACCCUUAAAGAACGUAAGCUUGAAGAGCGCAAUAACCAAGAAAAAAUCAAAGAAGAUGAGCUUAAUAAGCAACGCGAAAAGAAUGGCAGCACAUCUGGAGAUGUGGGCUUACGUGGCAAUGGUCAUCCUGGAGACAAUCCUUUCUACAGUAAUAUCGACAGUAUGCCGGAUAUACGGCCACGUCGAAAAUCUAUACCUUUGGUAUCGGAACUUGUGCUCAAGACUAUGGCAGCAACAAAAAGGAAUGCAGGUCUAACAUCUGCAGUACCAAGGGCAACCCUAAAUGAUGAGGAAUUGAAAAUGCAUGUAUAUAAGAAGGCAUUGCAGGCAUUAAUUUAUCCGAUAUCAUCGACUACACCACAUAAUUUUGUUUUAUGGACUGCGACAUCACCCACAUAUUGCUACGAGUGCGAAGGUCUUUUAUGGGGCAUUGCUCGACAGGGUGUUCGCUGUACGGAGUGUGGCGUUAAAUGUCACGAAAAAUGCAAAGAUCUCUUGAAUGCCGAUUGCUUACAAAGAGCGGCCGAAAAGAGCUCUAAACAUGGAGCGGAGGACAAGGCACAUUCGAUAAUAACCGCCAUGAAGGAACGCAUGAAGCAACGCGAAAGGGAGAAGCCCGAAAUAUUUGAACUGAUACGAACGGUUUUCAACGUAGAGGAUAAAAGUCAUACAGGUCAUAUGAAAGCGGUGAAACAGAGCGUUCUGGAUGGCACCAGCAAAUGGUCUGCUAAAAUAGCAAUAACAGUGAUAUGUGCUCAAGGCCUGAUAGCGAAGGAUAAAAGCGGUACCAGUGAUCCAUAUGUGACGGUGCAGGUUAGCAAGGUGAAAAAGCGUACUCGUACCAUGCCCCAGGAAUUAAAUCCUGUGUGGAAUGAAAAAUUUCAUUUCGAGUGUCAUAAUUCGUCAGAUCGCAUCAAGGUGCGAGUAUGGGAUGAAGAUAACGAUUUAAAAUCGAAACUCCGUCAAAAGUUAACACGCGAAUCUGAUGACUUUCUCGGCCAAACUAUAAUUGAAGUUCGAACUUUGUCUGGAGAAAUGGACGUGUGGUACAAUUUAGAAAAACGUACUGAUAAAUCAGCGGUAUCCGGAGCAAUACGUCUUCAUAUUUCGGUCGAAAUUAAGGGAGAAGAAAAGGUAGCCCCGUAUCACGUUCAAUACACCUGUUUGCAUGAGAAUUUAUUUCACUAUCUUUGCGAAGAUAACGGAGGAAUGGUUAAAUUGCCGCAGCAAAAAGGAGAUGAUGCAUGGAAGCUUUAUUUCGAUGAAAUACCCGAAGAAAUUGUUGACGAGUUUGCUAUGCGUUACGGUAUUGAGAAUAUUUAUCAGGCUAUGACACAUUUUCAUUGCCUUUCGGCCAAAUAUCUCUGCCCUGGUGUACCAGCAGUCAUGAGUACAUUAUUAGCCAACAUUAAUGCUUAUUAUGCUCAUACAACCGCUUCAUCGGCCGUUUCGGCAAGUGAUCGUUUCGCUGCUAGUAACUUUGGAAAAGAAAAGUUUGUAAAACUUUUGGACCAAUUACACAAUUCAUUACGAAUUGAUUUAUCAAUGUAUCGCAAUAAUUUCCCCGCAUCUAGUCAAGAGAAGCUAAUGGAUUUGAAAUCGACUGUGGAUCUUUUGACCAGUAUAACAUUUUUCCGCAUGAAAGUACAAGAGUUAUCAAGUCCACCGAGAGCAAGUACAGUCGUCAAAGAUUGCGUCAAAGCUUGUCUUAGAUCCACUUAUCAAUUCCUUUUCGAGAACUGUUACGAAUUAUAUAACAGGGAAUUUCAGGUGGAUCCAAACGAAGCCAAACGUGAAUCUGACGACCACGGACCAAAAUUGGAUAGUGUGGAUUUUUGGCAUAAGUUAAUUGCAUUAAUAGUGUCAGUGAUCGAUGAAGACAAAAAUAGUUAUGGAACUGUACUGAAUCAAUUUCCCCAAGAGCUCAAUAUAGGACAGCUGUCGGCUGCCACCAUGUGGGGCUUGUUCGCUGUUGAUAUGAAAUAUGCCCUGGAAGAGCAUGAACAGCACCGUUUAUGUAAAUCAUCAGAGUAUAUGAAUUUACAUUUUCGUGUCAAGUGGUUGUACAGUAAUUACGUUAAAGAAGUGCCACCGCACAAAGGUGCUGUGCCUGAAUAUCCAGCGUGGUUUGAGCCAUUCGUUAUGCAAUGGCUUAAUGAAAACGAUGACGUAUCUUUAGAGUAUCUUCAUGGAGCCUUCAAUCGCGACAAAAAAGAUGGGUUUCAAAAAAGUAGCGAGCAUGCGCUGUUUUCAAACUCGGUGGUUGACGUUUUCACUCAACUGACACAAUGUUUCGAUGUUGUUAGCAAACUCGAGUGUCCAGAUCCUGAAAUAUGGAAACGUUACAUGAGACGUUUUUAUGUUCAUUUACAGGCGUGUAUUUUAAUGAAUAAUAUUCAACAAUUGCGUGUGCAGUUGGAAAAAAUGUUCGAAUCUAUGGGCGGCGAUAAAUUAGAAGAGGAUGCGGCGAAUAUACUUAAAGGACUGCAACAAAAUCUCAAUUCUGCCCUGGAUGACUUGGCUUGCCUUUUCGCAAUAAGUCUGGAACCACGUAUUACUCAAUCUGUAAGGGAGCUAGGUGAUUUGCUGCUCGCAAUUAAGGGUGGUGGAGGUAGUGGUAACAUAAAUGCUCAAAAUCAAGUAGCCCAACGAAAUGCUGUGGCCGUGGAAGCAGACGAAGUGUUGCGACCACUAAUGGAUCUUUUGGAUGGUUCAUUAACCCUUUACGCACAAUCAUGCGAAAAGACAGUACUUAAACGUCUGUUAAAGGAACUGUGGAAGAUAGUGAUGCGUACGCUAGAAAAGACUAUUGUGUUACCUCCAAUGACUGAUAAAACGAUGAUGUUCAAACAUCUAACCGAUAAUGCUAAAAACCUCGCCUCUAACGUUAAAAUUGAAGAUAUGGGUCGUCUUUUGAAGUCACAUAUGGCUGGAAAGCAAGAUGUUAAAAGUGCGUUAAGUGGUGUAAUGGAUAUUUCAAAAGAAGUCGAAAAGAAUUUAUCGCCUAAACAAUGCGCUGUUCUUGACGUGGCCUUAGAUACAAUUAAGCAGUACUUCCAUGCCGGUGGAAAUGGACUAAAGAACACGUUCCUUGAAAAAUCACCAGAACUCCAAAGUUUACGUUACGCAUUGAGCCUUUAUACCCAAAUGACUGAUACGCUUAUUAAAACGUUUAUCUCCAGCCAAGUGCUUGAAGUUGAUCCCGAAAAUCAAGAAGAAAGUGUUGGCGAAAUAUCUGUACAAAUUGAUCUAUACUCGCACUCUGGAACCGGCGAAUAUAAAGUGAAUAUAAAAGUUCUGGCAGCAAAUGAUCUUAAAUGGCAAAUUCCAUCUGGCAUUUUUCGACCUUUUGCCGAGAUCAAUCUUAUUGGACCCCAUUUACACGAUAAGAAGCGUAAAUUUGCUACAAAAUCGAAAUCGAACAAUUGGUCGCCGAAAUACAACGAAUCCUUUAAUUUCACUAUUGGCACUGAAGAACAACUGGAUUUUUUCGAAUUACAUAUAUGUGUCAAAGAUUACAGCUUUACUAGAGACGACAGAUUAGUGGGUGUGUCCGUUAUACCUCUAAAGGAUAUACAAGAAAAAGGUUCUGUUGCUUGUUGGCUGCCAUUACAAAGAAGAAUUCAUAUGGAUGAGACUGGUUGGACAAUUUUACGUAUUCUAUCUCAACGCAAAAAUGACGAAGUAGCCAAAGAAUUUGUAAAGCUAAAAUCGGAGAUCCGGCAGGAACCAAUCGCCGGCACGUAGAGAUAUAAAUUAAUAAAAUCAUUUUAAGCACACACUAUAUAUAUACAUUGGACGCGGCUUUAAACCCCUUUCAAACAAUACCCCAUAUUGAAUAUUUUGUUUCAAAAUAAAUUUCAAAAUACUGUUUUGUUAAUUUACUUUUGAUGGAAGGUAACAAAAACACUUUUUUGCUUUCCAUACCAAGUGAGUUGGUUAUUAACAUUUGCGAUUUAUUGUUGUUCUCUUAAAAAUAAAAAUCUGUUGAAGCGA